AGAGAGUAAAGUCAAGUCAGCCAGAUCAGAAAAACAGACUAGAGAAAAGAUGCGGAAACAAAAGGAAGGAGCAACUCAGAGGGAGGAAACAAGUGCCUGACRCUUAACUCUUAUUUACAGGGAUUUUUAUUUAUCUAAAACCUUAUUUUCAUCAGCUGGAACCUGUGAGGACUAAAAGGAACGGGAUGUGUUUUUGCACUGUCUGUAAAGUGGGUCAACACCUGAGGAGGAGCUGAACAGAGAGGCAGAACUGAGGCAGUUUUGUCUCACCGAGAGGACAAGAGAGAAGAGAGACACUGAACCAUCUGGGGACAAAACAACAACAAAAAUAAUGCUGAACAAGAAAGAAAACCCUUUUUGUUUUUAGCAUAUUCAUGCAGAAACCACUGAAUUUUUGUACUUUAUUUAUUUUAAGCGGAUAAACUAAACCUUCUGAAACUUUUUAACUCUUCACUGACUUUAUUCUCCACCUUGAUGUGAUUUAUUGAAGCUAUUUUAUUUUACAUCAAGGGUUAAUAUAGUCUGCUGAGCUGUCAUUCAAAUCCAGAGCAACAAUUUUAAGCAGCUUGAAUUUGUUUUGUAACUUUGGGCUCUUUUCUAGUCGACCAUAACGAUAAUCCAUCAUCUUCUGGCCUCAAAGGUCAAACAUUCCAAGUGAUCUAAAGGUGCAGCCUGAAGAGGGAUCGUUUCGUUCGUCGACUCAGAUUAAGACGCUGUAGUUCUACCAUGCAGGCAUCUGUACCCGAGCACGAUGACACGUUCGAUUUCCUCUUUAAGAUCAUCCUCAUCGGGGACACCAAYGUGGGCAAGACCUGCGUGGUCCAGAAUUUCAAGUCGGGCAUUUUCGCCGAGAAGCAGCAGAACACCAUCGGGGUGGACUUCACUGUGAGGACGGUUGACGUCGAAGGGAGGAAAGUGAAGAUCCAGGUGUGGGACACUGCCGGUCAGGAGAGGUUUCGAACCAUCACGCAGAGCUACUACCGCAGCGCUCACGGUGCCAUGAUCGCCUACGACAUCACCAGAGACUGCACCUUCGAGUCGGUGAGCCACUGGAUCAAGGAGGUGGAGCUUUACGGAGCAGCUAAUGUCGUCCUGGUGCUCAUAGGUAACAAGUGUGACCUGGAGCAGGAGCGGCAGGUUCCUUUUCAGAAAGCCUGCGACCUGGCCAACGAGAGAGGCAUCCUGGCUGCUUUGGAAACAUCCGCGAAGGAGAGUCAGAACGUGGAAGAAGCCUUUCUGAUGAUGGCCAGAGAGCUGAUGUGUCGGAACGGCCUCCACGUCCAGCGGGGGAGCUCAGAGAGCRGCGGCAUGCCUGGAAUUCUCCUCCGAGAAAACACUCGAUCAGUCGAUCUGAACGUAGCCGCCUACCAGCCUGCGGCGCCGGAGAAGAGGUCCUGUUGCUGAUGCAGGAGAAACGACGACUGAGGAUAGAAACGAUUUGAUAUCGGGGAUGAAAGUGAAGGACUUUAUAUUUAUUGUAAGCUUUGAGGAAGAGGACUGAAAAGAAGAUUGAAAACUACCUUAAAGCCUGAAGAACUACAAAAAUCUGUUAAGGAGUAUUGACAAAUCUGUACUUUUCUAUGACAUGUUUGAUGAUCUGUGAUCAGUGUUCAAGGAUCKCAAGUAGUCUCCUUCACAUCAGCUGGACUGUUUCCACCCCCCUAUUUGUUGAGAAAAAAAAAUCAGAAAUUGUUGCAAUUCUUCUACUUUUUUCUUCUUUUAGUUUCUGAUCAAAGAUCUGAAUGUGAAAACUUCAAAAUAUCAACAAUCCAAGCCGUUUCAGCGUUUUCUGGCCUCACCUACGUAACAAAGGGCAACAAAACAAGCACAUCUGUUGAGUAUUUUUUUGUUUGCCUUUAGUGAAAAAGAUGGGUUUUUUUAUGUUUUUGGGAAAGAUUGUUUUUGGCAACUAUGUGAGGAUAUUUGAUCUUCUUGCAGCAUUGUGGAUUAAAAUGUUUUAGAAAACCUGCUA